CAGAAUGAAAUGAAAACCACAAAUCAAAAGAUGUUGGGAAGUGCAGUAGAGGACAAACGGUAUCUGGUAAAUGUUCGACCUCAAUUAUGUGCGUGAGCUGUGUAAAUUCUCGAUGCCGCUUCAUGUGCACUCUGUAAUUUACGACUAAACUAGGGGGGUCGAUCCACAAAUUUUUGGGUUUUUUUUUUUUUUUUUUUUUUCUUUAUCUUCGUUUCCCCCCCUUCUCUUUUCUGAAACAAAUGAGUACUUGUUUUUAGCCUUAGGGCAAUAAAUAUGGAGGAAAUUAUAAAAGUAAGAAUUGAGAUGAAAGGACAAGAUUGUUGAGGGAAAGUCCCAAAUAAUAGAGCAGCUGUGUGGGAACCAUUAGGGAAGAGAGAGAGAGAGAGAGAGAGAGAGAGAAGACUGAAGAAUCCCAAUGGCCAGAGAUACAGACAGCAGAGCUCACAGUUCAUAUUCCACCGUCCUUGUGAUCUGUUACACUAAUCUCUUCUAAACUCCAUUUCUCCUCUCAAACUCACAAUCCGUUCUCUGUUUUCCAAGGCCCAGAAUUCAUGAUCUGAUGUGAAGUUGUCUUUUCUUUUCCCAAAUCGGAAGGGGGGAUUUUGAGAAUAAGAGUGGAGUUGGUGAUUUGUGUUAGUUACAUGAGAGUGGAGCAAGUAGAAAUGUCUCAAGACAACGAUCGGCCCCCAACUCUGGAUCUGGGUAGUGACGCCGCCGCCGCCGCUAACAAAACGCGGAAUUGCAGCGGCGGAGGCGGUGGUUCCGAUGACGUUGGUGGGUGUGGCACGGCUGAGAACGUGCUUCACAAUGUUCUUGAGAACGUGCUUCACUUUCUCACUUCCCGGCAGGACCGGAACGCGGCGUCGUUGGUCUGCAAGUCGUGGUACCGAGUGGAAGCACUAACCCGAUCCGACUUAUUCAUCGGAAACUGCUAUGCUGUCUCCCCUCGCCGUGUUAUGUCGCGGUUCAACCGGGUUCGGUCCGUGACGAUCAAAGGGAAGCCCCGGUUCGCAGAUUUCAACAUGAUGCCUCCUGACUGGGGCGCUCACUUCUCCCCAUGGGUGGCGUCCAUGGCCAAGUCCUACCCUUGGCUCGAGAAAAUCUAUUUGAAGCGCAUGUCUGUGACGGACGACGAUCUAGCCCUGCUGGCCGAGUCUUUUCCUGCCUUUAAGGAGCUUGUCUUGUUUUGCUGCGAAGGCUUUGGCACCAGCGGGGUUGCCGUUGUUGCCUCCAGAUGCAGGCAACUUCGAGUACUUGAUCUGAUUGAAUCAGACGUAACUGAUGAUGAAGUGGAUUGGAUAUCUUGUUUCCCGGAGAAGGAAACUUGUCUUGAAUCUCUGAUCUUUGAUUGUGUAGAGUGUCUCAUUAAUUUUGAGGCACUGGAGAUGUUGGUGAGUCGAUCCCCGUCCUUGAAGAAACUCGGGGCGAAUCGUCACGUUUCCAUUGCGCAGCUCUACCGUUUGAUGAUUCAGGCUCCUCAUCUAACACAUCUUGGAACUGGUUCAUUCAGUAAUUCAGAGGCUAUGGUUAAUGGGGAGUCAGAGCCUGACUAUGGCUCAGCUUUUGCUGCUUGCAAAUCCUUACUUUGUCUCUCUGGGUUCAAGGACAUUCUGCCUGAUUACCUACCUUGUAUCUAUCCAGUUUGUGCUAAUCUCACCACUCUGAAUUUGAGCUAUGCAAAUAUAACUGCUGAACAACUCAAACCAGUUAUAAGCCACUGCCACAAGCUCCAGACUUUCUGGGCGCUUGAUUCGAUAAGUGACGAAGGACUUCAGGCUGUUGCUUCAAGUUGCAAGGAACUACGAGAACUUAGAGUUUUUCCUGCCGAUGCUCGAGAAGAUGGCGAAGGCCCUAUUUCGGAAGUGGGGUUCCAAGCAAUAUCUGAGGGUUGCAGGAGAUUGCAAUAUAUCCUCUACUUCUGCCAGAGAAUGACCAAUGCAGCUGUGGUAGCUAUGUCACAGAACUGCCAAGAUCUUGUGGUGUUUAGACUGUGUAUUAUGGGACGACACCAACCAGACCAUAAAACUGGAGAACCCAUGGAUGAAGGAUUUGGUGCCAUUGUUAUCAACUGUAAGAAGCUCACUAGGCUUGCUAUAUCUGGAUUAUUGACAGAUCGUGCUUUCAGCUACAUCGGGAAGUACGGAAAACUGGUUCGAACCCUAUCAGUUGCUUUUGCUGGAAACAGUGAUUUGGGAUUGAAAUAUGUGCUCGAGGGCUGUCAUAGAUUGCAAAAACUUGAAAUCAGAGAUAGCCCUUUUGGCGAUGCAGCCUUAAGAUCUGGUUUGCAUCAUUACUACAAUAUGAGAUUCCUCUGGAUGUCAGAUUGUAAAUUGUCUCGCUAUGGCUGCCAAGAGGUUGCCAGAGCAUUGCCUCACUUAGUGGUUGAAGUUAUGAGGAAUGAUAAUCAGGAGUCGGAUCACCUUCCUCAGAUGGGUGAUUUGGAGAACUAUGUUCCUGUGUUGUAUAUGUAUCGAUCUCUCGAAGGGCCAAGGGAUGAUGCUCCAGCAUGUGUAGACAUCCUAUAGAAUUUUAGAUUCCCUAUUAUUUCGUCUGGUUAAGCAAAAGAUCACACUGUUCCAGGAAUGUCCUUUACCGCCCUAAACAAGAUUCCUGUCUCCCCUCUUAACAAGCUUGACCAUCUGUUUAUUGGGUCAGAAUCACCGCAGAAAGUUCAAUAUUGAAGCAUAUUCCUAUCCGAUUCAUCAGACUAAAGAAUGUUAUCAUAUCAGUAUUUUUCUAACUCUUAAUGUUUCUGCAAAUCUGCAUUCGGUAAUUGUAGAGCAAGAGCGAAGAGCUGGGUCUUGUUGUCCAUUGAAUCGAGACAGAACUUUAAAACGUUGGAGGGUUGAUGAACUAAGAACAAAAUCUUCUCUAAAGGUCAUGAAUAGCAAGGGGAUCCUCGCAGGUAAACAGUCUUACAAGAAACUUUUGUUUAUCUAGAUUCCUACGGUAGAUGGUUUAGGCCAUUGAUGAGAGGACGGACACUAAAAACCGAGGUAGGAUUCUUCUCUUUCCUAAAAUUGAUGAUGAUGUUGUUUUCUUUAUCCAAGUGUAGAACCUGAUUGUGGAGUUUAAUAUUGUUUAAUUAUCAGCAAAGGUUAGAUUAGUAAUAAAUGCUAAAACAUAUUGAUGGAC